AUGAAAGUUCUCUCAGUUGUCAUUACGGCGUUGCUGGCUGCUGAAUCAACUGGUUCUUGGUUUGACAUCGAAAAGAAAACAAAAGCGAGUGGAACGGAACGAAUUUCUCCUCGCAUCGUUAACGGUUCAGCGACAUCGAUUGCGAGAUUCCCUUGGAUGGUCAGACUACGCACCAAGUACCACAAAAAAUGGCACGGGUGCGGUGGAGCCAUACUAACUCCAAAGCACGUAAUCACAGCCGCACACUGCAUACGACGAAAGUUGAACCGAGAGCCCAGAAAAAUCAUGGUCCGCUACGGCAGCUCCGUCCGCGCCAGGAUGCAAGAGGUGCGGGUGAGAGGUUACUACCGGCACGAACGGUACAGCCAACAAACGUUCAGCAACGACAUCGCCGUGCUUCUCCUCGACCAAGCCCUGAAGCUGAGUAAGAAGACUAAAGCCAUCCGCAUUUCCGGAACUGAUGCAGACCUUGCUGGAAAGAGAGUCAUCGUGGCUGGAUGGGGGCGACCCGAGGAAGGAGCCUCCCGCAGGACCGAGAACCUGAGAUACACAUCGCAGGUUGUCUGGCCUCCCAACAAGUGCCGGCGAAAGCUCAGGUCUUUUAAUGAGGAGAUCCACAUUUGCGCCUACGGAAAAAUUUCCUCCACCUGCAAGGGUGAUUCGGGCGGGCCGGUGAUGAUAAGAAAUGGCAACAACAUUGAAAUGGUCGGCCUUGUGUCUUACGGCAUCGGCUGCAAUCGCAAAGGUGUUCCAAGCGGGUACACAAGGAUUUCACAUUACCGCUCGUGGAUAGCGAACGCCCUCUCGAACAACGAUUCCUACAAGAUGCUGAAAUAA